UUUCGAUGCCUACAGACCUUUUCUCAAAAUGCCCAAUUUUUAUCAUACAAUUUAUUUCAAAAUUACUGCUUUCUAUUUUAAUUGGUCGUGCUCGCCUAAGUUUAGCAGUUAUUAUCAUACGUGGCAUGUCAAUUGUUUAGGAUGGUACACUGUGAAUAUUGUUCUGAAUCUAACUUUAACCAAUCUGCAAAUUUCUUGCAGAUUCAUUGGCCAUUCAGAUUGAAGAAAGGGACCAGCCCAAGUGGAGAAAAUGUGAUACCAUCAGACAUCCGCAGCACUUGGGCCGCAAUGGAGAAGCUGUACGAUUCAGGCAAAGCCAAAGCCAUUGGUGUGAGCAAUUUCUCUUGCAAGAAAUUGAAGGAUCUGCUUGAUAUUGCUCGUGUUCCUCCAGCUGUUAAUCAGGUCGAAUGCCACCCCAGUUGGCAACAAAAGAAGCUCAGAUCAUUCUGUGACUCCAAGGGCAUUCACAUCAGUGCGUAUCGUCCGUUAGGCCCUCGAGCAUCAGAAGGGUUCAGCAACAAUCUCCAAUCACACCCAAUUAUCACCGAGAUUGCUGAAAAACUAGGCAAAAGUCCCGCCCAGGUUAUUCUGCGCUGGGGGAUUCAAAUGGGUCACAGCGUGCUACCUAAAAGCACAAAUGAAGGCAGAUUAAAGACAAAUCUUGAUAUAUUCGAUUGGUCGAUACCUGCAGACUUGUUUGUUAAGUUGGAAGAUAUUGAACAGGCAAAGCUAGUAACAGGCCAAAUCUUUGUUAGUCCUGACGGGAUCUGCAAGAGCGAGGAGGAGGUCUGGGAUGGAGAAAUAUGAACGAAGUAACACCAUCAACGUACUAAGUGUACUGAGUCUUUUCUAUAAGUGGAGACUGCGUGUGGGGCGUUUUAAAUAGAAAAAUAAAUGAAAAAAAGAUCUAAGUAUCACGUUUCAGUUUCCUAGUUCUCUCCAAUUUGUUGAUGUUCAUCGUGCGUUAUUGUAGACGUCAAAAAUGCUUACAGACAUCCAAAUAUCACUCAAGACAAAGAGAA